AACCUUGACAUCUACAACACCACCAACAACUAGGUCUGCAACAAGUACAAUUCCAGAGACAACCACAGCUACAACUGAAGCAUCCACUACAACUCCAAAAACAGUAUCUGACACCAUAAAUUUAUACACAACACAAGCUAAUACAAGCACAGCAACAACAGCAGCAGAAACAACUGGAGAGACAACUACUAUCAACCCAGCAAGUACAAUUCAGAUUUCAGAGACAACAAGUGCUGCAACCGAAGCAUCCACUACAAAACCAACACCACCUCCAACAGCAGGAACAACUACAUUGACAAUAACUAGCACUGCAACAAGUACAAUUCCAGAGACAACCACAGCUACAUCUGAAGCAUCCACUACAAAACCAAUAGAAACAACUGCAGUGACAACUACUGUUAACCCAAGCACAAUUGCAGAAAUGACCACUGCUACAACCUUGACAUCUACAACACCACCAACAACAGCAGAAACAACUGCACAGACAACAACUAACACGCCAACAAGUACAAUUACUGAAACAACCACGACAGAAGAAAGAACCAAUGCUACAGCUGUAUCAUCCACUACAUUGACAAUUAGCACUGCAACAAGUACAAUUCCAGAGACAACCACUGCUACAACUGAAGCAUCCACUACAAAACCAACAACAGAAACAACUGCAGUGACAACUACUGUUAACCCAAGUACAAUUGCAGAAAUGACCACUGCUACAACCUUGACAUCUACAACACCACCAAUAACACCAGAAACAACAACCACAUUGACAACAACUAGCACUGCAACAAGUACAAUACCAGAGACAACCACUGCUACAUCUGAAGCAUCCACUACAAAACCAACACCAUCACCAACAGCAGGAACAACUACAUUGACAAUAACUAGCACUGCAACAAGUACAAUUCCAGAGACAACCACUGCUACAACUGAAGCAUCCACUACAAAACCAAACACAAAAACAACUGCAGUGACAACUACUGUUAACCCAAGUACAAUUGCAGAAAUGACCACUGCUACAACCUUGACAUCUACAACACCACCAACAACUAGCACUGCAACAAGUGCAAUUCCAGAGACAACCACUGCUACAACUGAAGCAUCCACUACAACAUCAAAAACAGUAUCUGACACCACAAUUUUAUACACAACACAAGCUAAUACAAGCACAGCAACAACAGCAGCAGAAACAACUGGGGAGACAACUACUAUCACCCCAGCAAGUACAAUUCAGAGUUCAGAGGCAACAAUUGCUGCAACUGAAGCAUCCACUACAAAAGCAACAACAGAAGCAACUGCAGUGACAACUACUGUUAACCCAAGUACAAUUGCAGAAACAACUGCACAGACAACAACUAACACCCCAACAAGUAUAAUUACUGAAACAACCACAACGGAAGAAAUAACCAAUUCUACAGCUGUAUCAUCCACUACAUUGACAACUAGCACUGCAACAAGUACAAUUCCAGAGACAACCACUGCUUCAACUGAAGCAUCCACUACAACACCAACAACAGUAUCUGACACCACAACUUUAAUCACAACAACUGGAGAGACAACUACUAUCACCCCAGCAAGUACAAUUCAGAGUUCAGAGACAAUAAGUGCUGCGACUGAAGCAUCCACUACAAAACCAACAACAGAAACAACUGCAGUGACAACUACUAUUAACCCAAGUACAAUUGCAGAAAUGACCACUGCUACAACCUUGACAUCUACAACACCACCAAUAACACCAGAAACAACAACCACAUUGACAACAACUAGCACUGCAACAAGUACAAUUCCAGAGACAACCACUGCUACAUCUGAAGCAUCCACUACAACACCAAAAACAGUAUCUGACACCACAAUUUUAUACAUAACACAAGCUAAUACAAGCACAGCAACAACAGCAGCAGAAACAACUGGAGAGACAACUACUAUCACUCCAGCAAGUACAAUUCAGAUUUCAGAGACAACAAGUGCUGCAACUGAAGCAUCCACUACAAAACCAACUACAGAAACAACUGCUCUGACAACUACUGUUAGCCCAAGUACAAUUGCAGAAAUGACCACUGCUACAACCUUGACAUCUACACCACCACCAACAACAGCAGAAACAACUGCACAGACAAAUUACCCCAAUUAA